UCACAUAUGUCCCACUGAGUUUCGGUCGACACUCACUCCACAGCAGUUUACCCAAAGCUUUUUAACGCCUCUCUAUUCGCGACUUUCGGGGUUAACUUUUACGGCACGUGCUGCACCUUCCUUUUUGCAGAUGUGAAUUAAACCGAAGUUUAUAUUUGAUUCUAUUCAAUCCGAUGUCGGGUAGUAAGUCGACACUUACGGGAAGUGUGAUGAUGAGGCAGUUACUUCGUUGAGAAUGAAUACUUGGAGGGGUAGUAGCUUAGCACACUAGUUACGGUAUUCAGGGAAGAUCAUGGCGGCGGUGGAGGUGAGUGUGAGUAGCGGCAGUAGUGACACAUCUAGCACCGGCGAAGAGGAGAGGAUGAGGCGGUUGUUUCAGACUUGCGACGGUGACGGUGAUGGAUACAUCAACAGGAAUGACCUGCUGAUGGUGUGUAGACAGCUAAACAUGGAGGGGUCUGUGGCAGAGAUCAUGGACCAGCUGGGAGCAGACGAGCGAGGCAAGAUCUCCUUUGAGGACUUCACCCGCUGCCGCAUGCAGCUGGUCAAUGAGAUCCGUAAGGAAGAGGGCGAGAUCUCCCAAUGCUCCCAGGACUCUGACACUAGGAAGCUCAGGGAACACAUCACCUCCUGGCCAACCAGUAGUGAGAUUAGCAGGGGGGCCUUGUCAGGAGCCAGAGAGAGCUGGGAGUACUACUCUGGGGCCCGGGACCUUCAGAGUUCAGACAUCCAGCCUCAGCAGACACAGACCCAGCAGCAGCCAGCCAUUCUCCAGAAGCUCCUGGAACAGCCUGGGACGGUCCUAGAACAGCAGGCUGCUCUUCAUAAACUCCUGGCCCAGACCAGCACCCGCUGUGCUCCCCUGGAGGGAAACUACCUGGAGCUGGCCAACACACUCCACCUGGCAGCCCUGGCCUCAUUGAAGGGGGACGUGGUGGAGCUGAACAAGCGGCUGGUGCAGACGGAGAGAGAGCGAGAGAUGCUGGAGAAGAGACUGGCCAAAGCACAGUGUGAGCAGUCCUAUCUGAUGCGGGAGCAUGAGGACGUUCAGGAGCGGACCACCCUACGAUACGAGGAGAGGAUCACAGAGCUGCACAGCAUCAUCGCUGAGCUCAACAAGAAGAUAGACGUGCUACAGGGCUCUACCAUCAGGGAGGAGGAUGAGUUUUCGGAGCUGCGUUCGGAGCUCAGCCACAGCCAGCAGGAGGUCAAUGAGGACGGACACAGCCUGGACCAGGACGGGGCGUCCGUCUCACUGCCUGAAAACCACUCCACCCUGGUGACCGCCGACAUGGACAACUGCAGUGACCUGAACUCGGAGCUGCAGCGGGUUCUGACGGGGCUGGAGAGCGUUCUGUGUGGGAGAAAGAAGAGCACAUGCAGCCUGUCUGUGGCCGAGGUGGACCGCCAGAUAGAGCAGCUGACCACCGCCAGCGAACACUGUGACCUCGCCAUCAAGACGGUGGAGGAGAUCGAAGGGGCCCUGGGCCGGGACUUCUACCCCAGCCUGUCGGAGGAGCGGGUGCGCUGGGAGAAGGAGCUGGCAGGCCUGAGGGAAGAGAACGAGAGCUUAACAGCCAUGCUGUGCUCCAAGGAGGAGGACCUGAACCGCACCAAGGCCACCAUGAACGCCAUCCGGGAGGAACGCGAUCGCCUGAGACGACGGGUGCGAGAGCUGCAGACGCGUCUCCAGAGCUCCCAGUCUGCAGGCCCAUCCAGCCCUGGGCGUCUCACCCCCGCCUCCCGCCCCAUCAAUCCCAGCACUGGGGAACUCAGCACCAGCAGCAGCAGUAACGAUAUACCUGUGGCCAAGGUGGCAGAGCGGGUGAAGCUGUCUAAAACCAGGUCAGAGUCUUCCUCUACCGAGAGGCCUGUUCUGGGCUCAGAGAUCAGCAGCAUCGGGGUGUCCAGUAACGUGGCGGAACACCUGGCCCACUCCCUCCAGGACUGCUCCAACAUCCAGGAGAUCUUCCAGACCCUCUACUCCCACGGAUCAGCCAUCUCUGAGAACAAGAUCAGGGAGUUUGAAGUGGAGACAGAGAGACUCAACAGCCGCAUCGAGCAUCUGAAGUCUCAGAAUGACCUGCUGACCAUCACGUUAGAGGAGUGUAAGGGCAACGCAGAGAGGAUGAGCAUGCUGGUGGGCAAAUACGAAUCUAAUGCCACCGCCCUGCGACUGGCACUGCAGUACAGUGAACAGUGUAUAGAGGCCUAUGAGCUGCUGUUAGCCCUGGCGGAGAGUGAACAGAGCCUGGUACUUGGCCAGUUCAGAGCUGCUGGAGUGGGGACUGUAGGUGAGCAGUCGGGAGAGGAGAGCAUUACUCAGAUCCUGAAGAGGGCCCACGACUGCAGGAAGACAGCAGAGAAUGCAGCCAAGGAUCUGCUGGGCAGGCUGGACGGUAGCUGUGGAGCUGCAUUCGCUGUGACCGGCUGCAGCGUUCAACCAUGGGAGAGCCUGUCCUCCAAUAGUCACACUAGCACCACCAGUUCCACGGCCAGCUCAUGCGACACUGACUUCUCCAGGGAUGACGAGCAGCGGCUGAAGGACUACGUGCAGCAGCUGAAGAAUGACCGCGCGGCGGUCAAACUGACCAUGCUGGAGCUGGAGAGCGUUCACGUCGACCCCCUAAGCCUGGAGAUCAAGCCCCGGGGAGACACACACAGGCUGGACCUGGAGAAUGCUGUGCUGAUGCAGGAGCUCAUGGCCAUGAAGGAGGAGAUGGCGGAGCUGAAGGCCCAGCUCUACCUGCUGGAGAAGGAGAAGAAGGCGGUGGAGCUGCUGCUGAGCACGCGGGAGGCCCAGGAACAGGCCUACCUGGUGCACAUCGAGCACCUCAAGGCUGAGGUGGAGGAGCAGCAGGAGCAGCGCAGGAGAUCCCUCGGCUCCACUGGGAGUGGUAGUAAAGACAAGAGCCAAGCCGCCAAGGAUUGUGGAGACUCUCCGGCCAUCAGCUUGUCAGAUCUGAGGACACUUAAUGACAGCGACCUGGCAGCAGAGCUCACCAGCGCACUGAGACGAGAGAAGAAGCUGAAGGGGCGUGUCCAGGAGCUGGUGGCAGCGCUGGAGAGACUAACCAAGAGCAGCGAGGUCCGCCACCAGCAGAGUGCCGAGUUCGUCAACGACCUCAAACGGGCCAACAGUAACCUGGUGGCAGCAUACGAGAAGGCCAAGAAGAAGCACCAGGGCAAGCUGAAAAAGCUGGAGGCUCAAAUGAUGGCCAUGGUGGAGCGCCACGAGACCCACGUCCGCAUGCUGAAACAACGCAUCGCCCUGCUGGAGGAGGAGAACUCACGGCCACACACCAAUGAGACGUCCCUAUGAGAACUGAUGCGAUGCCCUAAUGAGAACUGAUGAGACGUCCCUAUGAGAACUCACCAGACGUCUCUAUGAGAACUCACCAGACAUCACUAUGAGAUCUCACAAGAAUACAUGGCAAUGAGAGACAUCACUAUGAGAUCUCACAAGAACUCACUAGGAGAACUCCAAGCUCCACACCGACAGGACCUCCGUGUGAGCAUUAUUAUGAGCGGGUUAGAGGAGGGGACGAGGGAAAGGAAAGACUGAUGUGUGUUGAGAAUGUAACCCUUUCCUACCAACCCAGAGAUACCCUGCCGUCCUAUUGGGCACAUACACGUGGGGGAGGACACUGCGGUGAUAGCUGCAAGGUCAUUGGCCAGCUGAUGGACUGGGAGAACUGCCAGGACCUAUCAGAGUUGACACUACAAAUGAACACUACUCUAUCAAUCAUCUCUGGAGAACAACACGUAAUCAUAAUGUACUUUUUUUGAAAGCACUACUAUCCUUACUGGCAAAUGAUUCGCUAUUAUGUCUCCCACUUUAUUUCAUAUGUUUAUGGUAGUCUUUAGUAGCCUUUUUGUUAUCUCAAGGUUUGACUGCAAAUUAUUUUGGAAAUAUUUUAGAUCGGUGUUGUCAUUUAAAGUUAUUCCUUUUUGUUGCCAUUUGGCACUAUUUUGAGCGAUUCCCUUUUUAAGGAAUUCCAUUCUCUCAGCUCUACUUAACAACUUCACAGUUUUCAGUCUACAAUGUACACUCUGCCAUAGUGAAGACUCACUGAACACAAGGGCUCUAUUCACUCCAACCUGUCACUGGGUUUGAUGUCUGAAUAUGUCAAAAACAUCAUUCUUCUUGCACUGUCAUUUGAAUUGUCACACAGGUAACAAUGUUGUCUUUGAUGUAACUGGCAAGCCUGCUUCCCAGAUGGGGAUAGGGCCCUAAGUCAAUACCUCACAGUGUGCAAAAUGUCCUUCCAAUAUGUAUGGCAGUGUUUCAGCACGGGCCUUGAACUGUACAGCAGUGAAUCAAUCACAAAAUACUGUAGUGGGUGUGUGCAUGGAGGGGAGAUAACAAUAGGGUUUUAAGUGUGUGUGUGUGUGUGUGUGUGAGAGAGAAUGUUUGAGACAGAGAUACAAGAUUAUGCCUUGUCAUCCCCUUCAUACACACAGAGUUGUUGUACACACACAAACAUCCUUUCCAGCCACAGCACUCUUCACUUCCCGCUGGAUAAUAUCACCACAUUGCCUUGUUGAGGACUCUUUGUUUUUCUGCAAGACUUAAACCUGCAAGACCUGUUAACCAAUGGCUGCUCCACUUUCUCUGGACGAGGGAACCACAUACUAUUCUAUAGCAAUCUGAGAUGCUGCAUUCUCCCACUCUACCUGACUGCUAUAUUGUUCAACAUACUGUAUCUACAAGUAUACUUAAGCAGGGACAGACUGGUACCCAGAUGACACCCAUGUUUCUAGAUAACCCUCAAUAGCCUGGUAUACAAACAUUUUAAUUAGGCAGGGGUGGGUCAAUUGCAUAUAAAUUCCAUCUAAUUUAUUCAUGGAAAUUGUAUUUGACAAUAUUUUUGCUUCGAUUCAUUAACCAAAUGUCCUUUUCAUUCCUUGAGUUUCAAUGGAUUUACCCCAGUCCUGCUAUUUGGUAAGACCACAGCAUAUGAAAGCAAGCACUGGCAUGUAGACUAUUAGUAUAGUAGUGAUGUCAUUUCCUCUUAAUAAACUGAUUAUAAUAUUACUUAUCACGCAAAUACCUGUAUUCUGUUUCUGUUGCGCAUCUCGACCAGACCACACUCAGGUGAAUCUGGGGAAUAAUCCAGUUGAGUGGGUGGUCUCACCUUCUGUUCUGUGAAUGAGACGAGGGGUAGUGUAGCAAAGGGGGGGGGGGGGUUGGCAAACUAAUGACCUUAUUUGCACAGAUAUGUUUUGUAAUCAAAUCUUGGCAAUCAUUGUUUUGUUGGUUUUAAUACAGAUAGUAUUUGUUUAUAUUAUAAAGUAAUAAACCAAUUUUAAAGUAAAAGGCCAA